GAACCGGGAACUGGCAAGGAGGCAAUGGCUACGAGCCUCGAGAAAACAACCAAGGCGGCGACACAAGGACAUGCACUCGUAGCAGAGAAGCGUCCCAGUUGCCAGGGAGACGUCACCCUGGAGGACGUACUGUCGUCACUGCUGGCGCUAGCCGAUUCAUCGCCGUCGCAGUCGCGCCUCGGCACGCCUUCAAAGCCUCCUGCCAGCCCCGUAUCACCUGACAUACGCCACGUCUCGUUCGCGCUGUCCCCUUCCAAGGGCGCCGGCGGCCUGCUGCCUGAUGCAGGCCACCCCUACGGUCGGCGUUGCAGCGAGGGCAUGGCGCGUCCCGCCACGCCCAUCUCCAUCCUGAAGCCCGAGAACAACCGCUGGAUGGGCUCCGCUACGGCCACCGCCGAGGCCGCCCCGCUAGCCCAUCAGACGGCCUGGGCAUCGGCCGGGGACGUCAAGAUCACCGUGCCGCUCUCCAGCGGCUCGUCGUCGCUUGACAGGUCUCCGGACCCGGCAGCGAAGGAAGACGCUUCGGCCGAACAUCAAAGCCAAGCGGACGACGCACGAAUAUCAUUCGACGCGACAGGUGACGGGGAUUCGGAUUCCGAGAACCCUCCGCCGCCGGGCUUCUACGUGAGUGCUACGGCGACUGAGGGCUACGGCACCGAAACGACCACGUCGGACCAGGAGUCCGUAUCGUUCGCUACCGUCGGUCCCCGCGCCGUCGCGGCUGCUGGCGGCGUCGGCGACAAAGCUUCCGCCACGGCCGCUUCAGCCGCCUCAUUGCGUUGCCAGUGGAACGACUGCCAGAAGCCUCUCCCGAAAACGGGAGUGGGCAAGAUCAGAGUGCACACAUGUCCCACCUGCUACGGCUACUUCUGCAGCCGUGCUUGCCGCAACCGGCACCGUGACGCAAAGCGCUGCGCGCUGACUCGCAUCUCUAAUUUGUGCCAGGAGGUGCUCCAGAAGAUCCGCCUCGAUCAGGUAUCGCGGCAGCACCUGUCGGUGUGCGCACAGCGAGGCCUCCUCUCCCGUGGCCGCGGCGUCAUCCGGCUCGUCUUUCAGGGGGCGCAGAGGGCCGCCCAGUUUCUUGAGCGCGGCUGGAGCGACGCCGGCGUGCGUGGACAGAUGUUCUACGUCGCUCGCGACGACCUUCAGCCGCACGACAUGGGACCCCGCGUGUACAUGCGUGUGCGCGCGCUGUGCGACCAGUAUGAUCCCCAACGCAAGUUUGUCCUUUUGGUCGCCGUGUGCGUGACCUACGAAGCCGUCACGCCCUCUGGAGCCGGAGCCAUCUCGCGCGAGAUGGUCGUCAAGGCGGUCAAACUUCGACUCAGUGGGCCGCUGCCCGAAGACGACGUGCAGACGCUUAUCCUUCCAGUGGCGUCGCCGAUUACGGCAGGGUCCAACGGCCUGCUGCCGCCCCAGAAGCAGCGCCUUCAAGGGCUACACCACGUCAUCAGGCAGCUGGAAAUCAGGGGCGUCGACCUGAGUGCCUGCUAUCCAGAGCUGUAUGCCAAGAUACGUGCAUUCGUUGACACAGGAGAGAUGUUCUCGCCUGUGUGCAUGUUUCCCACGGACUCACGCUCAGGCCAGGUGUUCAUGUGCGUUGUGCUGCCAUUGGCAGACCAAGAGCUGCUUGACAGGAUGGCUGGUACUCGAAGUGCUGCAUCUGUCAAGGCUAAGAAGCGCUGGAUGUUUUAAUGGGUCAGUGUACGUCUCAAUACGUGAGUAAGUGGUAGACUCAUGCGAGCGGUCAUAGUAUGUCUCGUACCCAUCUGGAAAGGCAUUAUGAAAUCUGUAAUCUGGUGACAAAGUUAGCAUGAGGAUUAUGCCAUAGAUUUAAACAAUUAGACUUAUUGUUGCAAAUGGUUUGCUGUUUUGUACACGAUAAAACAUCCAAGUCGCUAUGUUUUGCUGAGCAAACUUAAUGAAUUUGGCUCGUAUUUGCAGCACAAGGACGCCACUAUUAAGGGGCUGUCCUUCUCGAGUGUGCAGUUGGAUGCGUUAUAUAAAUUAGGAUGCACAACUGACAUUACCUGACUCAGGUAUAGAGUCAAGGGUUGGCUCUCAUCCGGAGGAUAUGGGCGAAAGCCCCUGAAAGUAAGAAUAUAUUUUAGUGUUUGCAGCAGCCAAUGAGUAGCCUGAUAUAUCUAAUACAUGCGAACAGCUGUCAGCACAAGGAGGCACCUCAGCGCUGCAAUGCCAUAACACGUAGCAUUCAUCAAGGAAUGCAAAAUUAAAUAUACAUACUAACUCUCUCUGCUGCUCUUUUUGGGGUGAAAGGUGUAUGCUAGCAAAUGCGAUAUAAUUAACUGUCUAAUGAGAAAAGCAUGAAAGUGACAAACACAACACAAGUACUGGCAUUGUGUGCGCGUGUUGUUCUCCUAGUUUCUUUCAGGGGCGUAGCCAGACGGAGGGCACACCGUGCAUAUGACGCCCCCCCCCCCCCCCC